GACGAUACAUGGUGCCAUUGAACAACGAAAGACAUGCUGUUGACGUUCAAGAGGACAACAUUCCCCACUUGUACGCAAUCCGAAAACUCCUGUCGGAUCGGUCAAGCAUGCAUCGAGUUCAAAGUAGGUGCAUGGCCCUGAUUCAGCUUCUAACUCGAUGCCGGCAAGGUAUGUCCUUAUGCCUUCCAUUUUUGUUGGCGAUACUGCCCAGUGUCACGGGCUCGGACAGAUGCCCGAGCUUCCCGGGCAUGGAACACACAACGGUCAGCAAACGCAAGACCAUCCAUGGCUCGCUGACACGCUCCAAGCCUUCGAGACCGUCUGCAAGAAAGACUGCAGUAUCAACGCAGUACUCACAGGUGAGCUGCGGUAGCAGAGAAGCUAUAGCCAGCCGAGCUCAGGCGGACACACCCGCUACAUAUCUUGACUUGUACAUAUCCCGGCUGCAGAGCACGCUCUGGGUGACUGUACGCUGCACUCCUUUCGUAACCUCCAAGCCCAAUCUGCCCGACCUUACCGGCGCCAUCGCUCUAUGCUUCGUCAUCCCCGGCUGGCCCGGUGAGUGCUGUGCCGACCCAGUAUAUCUCGAAGAACCCCCAAUGGUGUGUAGGCCUUCAGGAAGAUAUAAAAUGGCGCGAUGACUACCGACCUCUACAACGACCUUCGUCUCGUCCGACGGUGCGCUAUGACUGCAGACUUGAGCAAGAAACUCAUCCUCGUCAUUGGCGGCACCGGCGCGCAAGGUCUCCCCGUCAUCGAGAAGCUGCUCGCCCUCGCUGAAGAUGGCUCGCCGUCCCCCUACGCUGUACGCGUGCUCACUCGUGAUCCCACCAGUCAUCGCGCACUGGAGCUCGCCUCCAAGGGCGUCGAGCUAGUCAAAGGUUCCUUCGAUGACUUCGAUUCCGUAGCCGCGGCGCUGAAGGGCUGUUAUGGCGCCUUCGUGAACACCGACGGGUUCACAGUUGGACAGGCGAAGGAGGUGUGGUGCGGCAUCCACAUAUACGAGCUGGCGAGGU